AUGGCAGAACCAGGAUGCAGACUCACCAAGAGUGACUCCAGAAGGUUAAGAGGACACCUGUCCUGUCCCAGCAUCAUCAGCUGGUUCGUCCGGUGCUUCAAGUACGCAUACAACCUUCGCUUUGAUGUAAAGGGACGCCAGAAGCUGGGGGUGGACCACCCCUGUGUCAUCAUCUCCAACCACCAGAGCAUCCUGGACAUGAUGGGCCUCAUGGAGAUCCUCCCCAAGCGCUGCGUGCAGAUCGCCAAGCGGGAGCUGCUGUUCAUGGGGCCCGUGGGCUUGAUCAUGUACCUCGGGGGCGUCUUCUUCAUCAACCGGCAGCGCGCCAGUACCGCCAUGACCGUGAUGGCCGAAGUGGGCGAGCGCAUGACCAGGGACAAUCUCAAAGUGUGGAUCUACCCUGAGGGCACACGAAACGACAAUGGGGAUCUGCUGCCUUUCAAGAAAGGUGCCUUCUACCUGGCGGUCCAGGCCCAGGUGCCCAUCCUCCCCGUCGUGUAUUCCAGCUUCUCUUCCUUCUACAACCCCAAGACGAAGCUCUUUACCUCAGGAACGAUCAAGGUGGAGGUCCUGGAUGCCAUCCCCACCAGCGGCCUCACUGUGGAUGACAUCCCCAAGCUCAUGGACACCUGCCACCAAGCCAUGAGGACCACCUUCCUCCACUUGUCCAAAACCCACCAGGAGAAUGGGGCCACUGCGGGGCCUAGUGCCCAGCCAGCCCAGUAGUCAAGGCCUGCGGUCAGGCAGGACCUAGAGGGGGACAAGGGGUAGGACCUGGCUAGAGAAUGGACAGAGGGAUCCCACCCAGCCCUGCCUUGGCUGCCAAACAUCACUGUGUACCACUCCUGUGGCUCGACGACUUUCAUUUGGGCUCCAGAAGCAAGGGGCCCCUUCCUGUCACUGGCCUCGGAUCCAGGCUGCUGAUGUCCCUGCAGUUAGCCGGAACCUCCCCAAACUCCGGGGGCAGGGCCCCCCAUCCACCCUGUGCCUCCAGGAUCUGGUGUAGGAGCAGGCCUGGGGCCCCGAACAAAGGGCCUGAGCAGACUCCCAGCCGCGGCCUGCAUCAGGCUGUGGGAGGGGCGGGUUCUAGGAGCCAGGUCCAUACCCCUGCGGCCUUGGGGAGUGAAUACUGAAUCAGUACUGCACGUGGUUGUUUUUUAUAAAUGAACUCUUGGAAGUGC